CUUUGAAUACUAUUGGUUCACAAUUAUUUGCAUUAACCUAUGAUGAUAAAUGGUUAUUUAUUGGUGGAAGAUGGGAUGGACGUUUAACUAUAUAUAAUAUGUAUCAAUCAAAAAUUCAUGCUCUAUUAACAAGUCCACAUAUAGAUACAAUUAGUUGUGUUGCUAUGGAUUCAGCAUAUAGUUUAAUUGAUCGACAACCAUUUACAUAUCAUGGUGAUUUUAAUAAAAUCAAUAAAUUCUUAAUAGAUCAAUUGAAGAAUUCAAUUAGAACACGUUAUUAUAUUAUUACUGGUAGUCGUGAUGGUACAUGUGCUAUAUGGGAUUUUGAUCUUUUAAAUGAAGAAGAUAAUGAGGAUCGUGAUCACGAUUAUAAUUAUGAUCGUGAUGAAGAAGAAGAUCUCACAGAGUUUCGAUAUGAUAAUUCACCUUUUAUUAAUGAUUCAUUAUUAUCUUCAUUUAAUCAAAGAAAAUUAUCAAAUAGUAAUGUGUUUUUUGGUAGUCAAGAUGAUCUGUCAAUGAAUUCUGAUCCAAAAACUAUAUAUGAUGAACAAAAUCAAAAAGAACAUCCUUCAUGUUAUCGAUCUUUUGAUGGAACUGGAUCAUCAUCAAGACUAUUGUUCAAUUCAAUCUAUUUACCUAAAAUGGAUUAUCAUUUACAAUAUAAAAAUGCUGGUAUACCAUUUUAUCCUUUACAUUCAUAUAAAUCUAAAAAGUCAAAACGUUUAGCAAAAAUAAUAAAAAUUUUUUAUGGAAAUUUGUAUGGUAACCCAGUAACAUGUGUUGCAUUAAAUAUUGCCUUAGAUACAGGUGUCAUGGCAACAAAUGCGAAUCAUGAUCUAUAUUUAUUUAGUGUAAAAUUAUCAAAUUGGUCACGUGUACUUAAAUUGAAUACAUUCGAAUCAAAUAUUAUGAAUGAAUUACAUUAUCCAUUUGAUUUAUAUCCAAAUGCAGAAGAGAUAUUUUUACAUACAAAUCUAUAUACUAUUGUUAAUCAUCUACUUAUAUCACCUAGAUUAGGUUUAAUUUAUAUACAAUGGAAUGUUAUUGCAAAAAUGAAUCAAUCUAAUAUAAACAAAACAGAAAUUGGACCUAAAUUAAGUUUAUUUAAUUCAAUAGGUGAAAAAUUAUUAGAAAUUUCACCAUUUAUUUAUACUACUGAUUAUAAUCAUAUAAGUAGUAAUGAAUUAAAUCAAAUAAUUGUUACACAUAUUUUAUUGACAUCAACACCAAUUCAAUCGAAAUGUACUUUUCAUAAUGAAGAUAAUAAUAAUAAUCAUGAUACUGCAGAACACUUAGAUGAUCGUUCCAAUCAUUCCAUAUCUCAACAUAUUCUAAUGUCAUUUAAUACAGGACAUUUUAUGAUUUUAAUGGCUGAAACACUAGAACCUAUUUAUUGUAUUCAAUUAAAUGAAGGAAUUAAUCAUCUAUCAUUAAUAUGUAAUCUUACAUCAAAUCAAUAUCUUAUUGAAGGUAUUCAUUUAAUGUUAUCUUUAAUGAAUAAUCAAUUAGUAAUAUUUCAAACAAUACGAAAGAAAAACCAAAGAAAAAAUCAGUUAGCAACAAAACGAGUACAAGUAUGAAAUUGUUUUAUUUACGAGAAGUUAAUAAUAGUGAAAUAUAAUGCCAAAAAUUCUUAUGAUUACGUAACAAUAAUUUUAUAUUUCAUCAUUUAUGAAUGAACCAAUCAG